UUUCCUGUUUCAGACCAUGAAGAAUACAACUCAAAACAAAAAUUUAGCGGAAGAAGUUAUAUACAUGUAAGAAGAAAGAAAAAUAAACAGCGCAGACACUAAAAGAGAAAUAUAUCUUCAGUUGUUAUUUUCUUUCCUUCUUUGUCGAUCUGAGUUUUACGAAAUUCUUUUCUCGAAUUCUGAGCUCUCGGAGGUUACUCUCACGAUCUAUCAUUUCAGCUCGUUAAUUUUCGUGAUUUGUGAAAGUUAGGGUUUUGAAUUGGAGCAAAGGUCGAGAAAAUGGAAGCGAAUUUCGCAGUAUGAGCAUUGAUAACCCCGGGCGAGGGGAGCACUAGGGUUUCGAGUAAUUUGAUUCCAUAGAGGGAUUUCCAUGGGGGAUGGAGGUGUCGCUUGCAUGCCUUUGCAGCAUAAUAGUAUCAUGGAAAGGUUUCCAAUUCAGGACAAUGCGACAACACUUUGCAGUGGAGGCAAAACUGGCAAUUCCACUACUACCAACACCACUACUACUACUACCAAAAAUAACAACAAUAAUAGUAAUAGCAAUGGCAACAGUACUAUCAAUGGCUUCAACUCAAAGCCCAAAAAAGUAUUGAAGAAGGUAAUUAAGGUAAAAAAGGUUGUUACAGUGAAGAAAGCAAUGGCAGAGAAGGGUGAAUUGGGAUCAGAGAAAGCAGCAAAAAUUAGCAAGGAGAAGGAAGCAAAGAUCAGCUGGGAAGGGGCGGCAAAUAGUAGCAAGGAGAAUGAGCCAAAGAUUUGCAAGGAAGCUGACAACGUUUCAGGUUCUUUUGAUAACAAGGUGCAGAGUAAUAAAGAGGAAGUUGAAGAGGGGGAAUUAGGAACUUUGAAGUGGCCACCAAAAGCAGAAGUUGAGAACGGAGAGUUUGUUCCACAAGAGAAAUCAAGAAGAAAUGGAAUCGAGAAGGGAGAGAUUGUUGGUGAGAAAUGGAGAAAAGGGGAUAUGGAGAGGGGAGAGGUUGUUUUGGGUUCUGGUAGAUGGCGAAAAGGGGAAUUUGCCAGAGAUAAGAUUGAGAAAGGAGAGUUCGUUCCAGAUAGAUGGCAUAAUAAAGACGAUUACUGUUAUAAUAAGUCCCGUGGCAGGUAUGACACCAGCAGAGAGCGUACCCCAUCUUCUGGAAAGUAUUCCAGUGAAGACAUUUACAGAAGGAAAGAGUUUAGCAGGAGUGGGAGUAGUCAGCAUGGUAAAAUUUCUUCUAGGUGGGAGGGUGGACUAGAUAGGAAUAUAAGGAUCAGUUCAAGGAUUGUGGAUGAAGAAGGCUCAUAUAAGAGUGAAUACAGCAAUGGCAAGAAUCAUGGAAGACGGUGCACUUCUGGCAACAGGUUGAAGCGAUAUGGCACAGAUUCUGAAAGCAAUAAUCGCAAACAUUAUGGGGAUUAUGGGGACUAUGAGUGCUCUAAAAGCAGGAGACUUUCUGUGGAUAGUACUGGAACUGCCCACUCAGAGCACUAUUCACUUCACUCUUUGGAAAGGUUCUAUAGAAACUCUGCAUCUUCUUCUUGUUCCUGUUCAAGAGUUUCUUCACUGGACAAAUAUUCCUCCAGGCAUCAUGAACCCACUUUGUCUUCCAAAGUAGUUUAUGAUAGGCAUGGACGUAGUCCAGGUCAUUCUGAGCGGUCCUCAUGUGACAGAGUCCGGUACUUUGAUCACGGGGAUCGGAGUCCAAUCCAUCGUGAGAGAUCUCCGUAUGCACGAGAAAGAUCCCCAUAUCGGCGUGAGAGAUCCCCUUAUGGACGUGAGAGGUCUCCAUAUGGACAUGAUAAAUCCCCAUAUGAUCGGAGCCGUCAUCAUGAUUAUAGGAGAAGUCCUACUCAUUUAGAGAGGUUCUCACAGGACCAGUAUCAUGAUCGCAGGGAUCGAACUCCAAAUUUUAUGGAGCAUUCCCCACUUGAUCAGGGUAGGCCUAGUAAUCUUAGAGAAGCAAGCCGAAAAAGUGGAAAAAUUGAGAAGCGGAACUGUCAGUUUGGUGAUAAAGGUCAGGAGGACAAGCACAGCCAGAGGGACUCUGGUGGAAGAGAUUCACAGUUGUCAGCUAAAGAAUCUCAAGAUAAAAGUGGAAUACAUGAUAAUAAUAGAUUGGAAGAAAAAAAUGUGAAUUCUGAGUCUCAUAAAGAAGAGCAGUCCCAGACUCCAAGUAUGAAUAACAAAGAAUCUCCUCAUGUUGAUGGACUUCCUCCUGAAGAGCUACUAUCAAUGGAAGAAGAUAUGGAUAUAUGUGACACACCACCUCAUGUCCCUGUUGUGGCUGAUUCCUCCAUGGGAAAAUGGUUUUACCUUGACUAUUAUGGCCUGGAAUGUGGGCCUUCAAAGUUAUGCGACCUUAAGACGCGUGUGGAUGAGGGAUUUCUUAUGUCGGAUCACUUGAUUAAGCACAUUGAUAGUGACAGGUGGGUAACCAUUGAAAAUGCAGUUUCACCAUUGGUGACUGUAAAUUUCCCAUCUAUUGUGUCAGACACUAUAACUCAGUUAGUGAGCUCGCCCGAGGCACCUGGUAAUCUGUUGGCAGAUACUGGAGAUAUAGGGCAAUCCAAUAUUCAAAGUGGUGAGGAAGUGCCAGUGAAUUUGCCACAGCCCCUGGUCUGCGUUAGUGAUAGUUCUGCUGGGUCUGAACCUUUGGAAGAUCACAACAUUGAUGAAAGGGUUGGAGCUCUGUUGGGGGGUUUUACUGUUGUUCCUGGCAGAGAACUAGAGACAAUUGGAGAAGUUUUGCAAAUGACAUUUGAGCGUGCACCAUGGGAUAAAUGGGAAAAACCAGAAGGUAUCACUUGGAAUCAAGCUUGUGUAUCAGAACAAAAUGGUCAAGAUAAUGAUGAAUUAUCAGGAUACUUGGACUUGAAACCUAAAGAUGCUGUUGAAGUGAGAUUAAGUGCUAUCUCUGACAAAGACCAAGGCUCUGCCUUUGUUGUUGACUGUGCUGAUUGGUUUUCUGACCAAUGGUCGUGCAAAGGUGGAGAUUGGAAGAGGAAUGAUGACACUAACCUGGAUAGAUUUUCUAGAAGGAAACUUGUUGUCAAUGAUGGCUUUCCAUUGUGCCAAAUGCCAAAAUCAGGGUCUGAGGACCCACGUUGGCAUAGAAAAGAUGAUCUGUAUUAUCCUUCUCUAAGCAGAAGGCUUGACCUGCCUCCUUGGGCUUUCUACUGCUCUGAUGAGAGGAAUGAAUGUGGUGGUGUUGGCAGAUUAACUGUUGCUAAGCCUCCUAUUCCUGUUAUUAGGGGGGUGAAGGGAACUAUGCUACCAGUGGUCAGGAUAAAUGCAUGUGUUGUCAAGGACCAUGGUUCAUUUGUUUCAGAACCUCGCACAAAAGUUCGAGGGAAGGAAAGGUAUCCUUCGAGAUCUGCUCGGGCAUACAAUGCUGCUAAUGAUGUGAAGAGAUUGACAACAGAAGGCGAUUCUCUUUCCAAAACUGAUCAAGACUCUCAUGAUUCUUGGAAGUCAAUUUCAUCCAUUAACAUUCCUAAAGACCGUCUUUGCACGGUGGAUGACUUACAGUUGCAUUUGGGUGAGUGGUACUACUUUGAUGGUUCUGGGCAUGAACAAGGGCCGUCAUCAUUUUCAGAGCUUCUGGUCUUGACAGAUCAAGGUGCUAUCCAAAAAUAUAGUAGUGCUUUCAGGAAAUUUGACAGAGUGUGGGUUCCAAUUACCUCUGCGACAGAGACUUCUGAAGCCACUGUUAAAAUUCAACAGGAGAAUGUUGCAGUACAUGGUGGUUCUUCAGCAACUCUUUCAAAAUUGCAGAGUGCUGCCAAUAAUGAAGGCAACACAAAUUCCAUUUCAUUUCAUAGCCUGCAUCCACAGUUCAUUGGUUAUACCCGUGGGAAGCUACAUGAAUUGGUAAUGAAAUCUUACAAGAGCCGGGAGUUUGCUGCUGCCAUAAAUGAUGUUUUGGAUCCAUGGAUCAGUGCUAAACAGCCUAAGAAGGAGGUUGAUAACCAUAUAUACCAAAAAUCAGAAAUUGAUGCAUGUGCUGGCAAAAGAGCUUGGUUGCAGCUUGAUGGAAGUGAUGAUUACCAUGACUUGUAUGAAGACUUGCAUACCAUUCCAAACAAGGAAGCCACUUUUGAAGAAUUGUGUGAUGAUGCUACUUUUCAUAGAGAAAGUAGUGCAUGCUCAGCUACUGAGUUUGGAAGCUGGGGUUUAUUGGAGGGUCAUACACUGGCACGAGUCUUUCAUUUUCUGAGAUCUGACUUGAAAUCCCUUGUCUUUGCUUCUUUGACUUGUCAACAUUGGAGAUCUGCUGUCAGCUUUUACAAGGAUAUCUCAAGACAAGUUAAUCUUUCACAAUUAGGUCCUAACUGCACUGACUCGAUCAUUUCAAAUAUCAUGAAUGGUUAUAAUAAAGAAAGAAUAAAUUCAAUGGUGCUGGCGGGUUGCACAAAUAUUACUUCAUGCUUGCUUGAAGAUAUUGUUCGUUCUUUCCCUUGUUUAUCUUCUGUAGAUAUCAGAGGUUGCAGCCAGUUCAAGGAGUUGCCUCUUAAAUUUCCUGAUGUGAGCUGGACAAGGACUUGUGGUUCGCAUGGUAUUGGAAUCUCUGAGAAUUCGUAUUCUAAAAUAAGGAGUCUUAAACAGAUCAGUGAGAAAGCUCCUACAUUUUGUCGAACAAAGGAACUCAGUAGUGAUGCAGAUGAUUUUGGUGAUCUAAAAGAGUAUUUUAACAGUGUGACUAAGAGGGACUCGACAAAUCAAUUAUUCCGACGGAGUUUGUAUAAACGCUCAAAGUUGUUUGAUGCUAGAAAGUCAUCAUCUAUUUUAUCUAGGGAUGCCCAUAUGAGGCAAUGGGCCAUCAAAAAAUCUGAAAGUGGCUAUAGGAGGAUGGAAGGAUUUCUUGCUUCAGGUUUGAAGGACAUCAUGAAGGAGAAUACCUUUGAGUUUUUUGUGCCCAAGGUGGCUGAAAUUGAGGAUCGGAUGAAAAAUGGUUAUUAUAUUGGGCAUGGUUUAAGGUCUGUCAAGGAGGAUAUCAGUCGAAUGUGCAGAGAUGCUAUUAAAGCAAAGAAGCGUGGUGCUGGAGAUAUGAAUCAUAUCAUUAGAUUAUUUCUCAAACUUGCCUCACAUUUGGAAGAUAGUUCUAAGUUUUCUUAUGAAAGAGAUGAAUUAAUGAAGUUGUGGAAGGAUGAUUUGUCUGCAGGGUUAGGCUAUACUCCCAUGAAGUGUAAGAAGAAGUUAUUUAUGGAAAAGAAGAACACUAAUAGGAUUAACGGCACAGCCUAUGCAAAUGGUAGUACUGAUUAUGGAGAAUAUGCAUCUGAUCAGGAAAUCAGAAGGUGCUUAUCCAAAUUGAACCGAAAGUCCAUGGAUUCAGGGAGUGAAACUUCCGAUGAAUUUGGCAAGUCUUCUGAAGAUGAGGGUGGUGAUAGUGAAAGUACUUCCUCAGAUACAGAAAGUGACUUGGAUGUCCGAUCAGAAGCUCGAAUUGGGGAGUACAGAGGGGAUGGAUUCUUUAUGGAAGAUGAGGGUUUAGAUUUGAUAACAGACGAGCGUGAAUGGGGUGCUCGGAUGACAAAAGCGAGUCUUGUUCCUCCUGUCACUAGGAAAUAUGAAGUUAUCGAUCAAUAUGUUAUUGUAGCAGAUGAGGAGGAUGUUCAAAGGAAAAUGUGUGUUUCUUUGCCAGAUGAUUAUGCUGAGAAGCUUGAGGCACAGAAAAAUGGCACUGAAGAAUUGGAUAUGGAGCUUCCUGAAGUCAAGGACUAUAAACCUAGAAAACAGCUUGGAGUUGAAGUUAUAGAACAAGAAGUUUAUGGAAUUGAUCCCUAUACCCAUAAUCUUUUACUUGAUUCGAUGCCUGAAGAAUUAGGUUGGCCUUUGUUAGAGAAACAUUUGUUUAUUGAAAAUAUGCUCCUCUGUACUCUGAAUAAGCAAGUCAGGAACUUCACUGGCUCUGGGAACACUCCUAUGACGUAUCAUUUGCACCCGGUUGUAGAAGAAAUUGAAAAAGCUGCUAAGGAGGACUGCGAUGUGCAAACAAUAAAAAUGUGCCAGGGCAUCCUCAAGGCCUUAGAUAAUCGUCCUGAUGAUAAUUAUGUUGCUUACAGGAAGGGACUUGGUGUUGUUUGCAACAAAGAAGAUGGUUUUGGAGAAGAUGAUUUUGUCGUGGAGUUUUUGGGAGAGGUUUAUCCUGCUUGGAAAUGGUUUGAGAAGCAAGAUGGCAUACGAUCUUUACAGAAAGAUAACAAAGAUCCCGCUCCGGAAUUUUACAACAUUUAUCUUGAGAGGCCCAAGGGUGAUGCUGAUGGUUAUGAUUUGGUGGUUGUUGAUGCCAUGCAUAAGGCAAACUAUGCAAGUCGAAUUUGUCACUCAUGCAGACCUAAUUGUGAAGCGAAAGUUACUGCUGUAGAUGGUCAAUACCAAAUUGGAAUCUACGCUGUCCGAGAAAUUCAAUAUGGCGAGGAGAUCACAUUUGAUUACAAUUCUGUGACAGAGAGUAAGGAAGAAUAUGAAGCAUCUGUCUGUCUAUGUGGUAGCCAAGUUUGUCGGGGCAGCUACUUAAAUCUGACAGGUGAAGGGGCUUUCCAGAAGGUGUUGAAGGAGCAGCAUGCCAUAUUGGAUCGACAUCAUUUGAUUCUUGAAGCUUGUGAACUAAAUUCUGUAUCUGACGAAGAUUAUCUUGACUUGGGGAGGGCUGGUUUAGGCAGUUGUUUGCUUGGCGGGUUGCCAGAUUGGGUGGUUGCAUAUUCUGCUCGUCUGGUGAGGUUCAUAAAUCUGGAGAGAACAAAGCUUCCUGACGAAAUUCUAAGGCAUAAUUUGGAAGAAAAAAGGAAAUAUUUCUCAGAUAUUUGUCUUGAGGUUGAAAGAAGUGAUGCCGAGGUUCAGGCUGAAGGUGUAUACAACCAGAGGCUUCAAAAUUUAGCAGUAACUCUUGACAAGGUGAGGUACGUGAUGAGAUCCGUAUUUGGUGACCCAAAGAAAGCUCCACCUCCAUUAGAGAGGCUAAGUCCUGAGGAAACUGUCUCCUUCCUCUGGAAAGGAGAAGAAUCACUUGUUGAGGAGCUUCUUCAGUGCAUGUCUCCUCAUGUGGACACUGAUCUGCUUAAUGAUCUCAAGUCCAAGAUCCGUGCACAUGAUCCGUUGGAAUCUGAUAACGUUCAGAGAGAACUUGAGAAAUCAUUAUUAUGGUUGAGGGAUGAAAUCCGGAGCCUUCCAUGUACAUACAAGUGCCGGCAUGAUGCUGCAGCUGACUUAAUCCAUGUAUAUGCUCAUACAAGAUGCUUCUUUAGAGUUCAGGAGUACAAAAAAUUUACUUCUCCUCCAGUUCACAUUGGUCCGCUUGACUUGGGUCCCAAGUAUGCUGAUAAGUUGGGAGAAGGUAUCCAUGAAUAUCGAAAGACAUAUUGUGAAAAUUAUUGUUUGGGACAGUUAAUCUAUUGGCAUAUACAGACUAAUGCUGAACCAGAUUGUAGCCUGGCUAAGGCAGGUAGGGGCUGCUUGUCUUUACCUGACAUUGGUUCCUUCUAUGCCAAGAUUCAGAAGCCAUCACAGCAGCGCGUUUAUGGUCCAAAGACUGUGAAGCUUAUGCUGGAAAGGAUGGAAAAGUACCCUGGGAAGCCCUGGUCCAAGGAUCAAAUAUGGUCAUUCAAGAGUUGUCCAAAAGUAAUUGGAAGCCCAAUGCUAGAUGCAGUAAUGAGCAAAUCUCCCGUAGACAGGGAGAUGGUGCACUGGUUGAAGCAUAGACCGGCACUAUACCAUGCCGUGUGGGAUAGGUGAAGUAGUACAGUAGUCCGAUUACUUUGUACAAUGUUCUGGAAUGAUUUCUCAAUUUUAGUUCACAGCUGCCCCUUUUAAGUGUGGGAGUUGGUAAUCAUUCCAAAACAUUCAUUCCUUGUGCUGCAAUCCUCCUCAUUCUUAUGUACAGUGUUUUUCUUUUGUAAUUUGUAUUUCAUUACAUGAUAGUAAAGCAUUUUUUUUUU